AUGAAAGAAAGGGUGCUUUUUUUUUUUUCCUGUAGCACUCACACAACCUCGGAUUUACGAAUUCUUUCUCACUUCUGGAAAGACACAUCGAAUCCGAGAGACGCUAACAUGUCUGUAUCAUUACUCUUUCUUUAUAUUCCGACAUUACGCGCCACGUCUUAUCUACCGUCUUCUUUUACCGCUCCCAACUGUUUUUUUUUUAAAGCAUCCAACUACACCACCGACCGACUCAACAUUACAUUUUACUUCCUCAUGAAAAUCCUCUGCAGACCUUACUCUCCCUACUGUACUUUCUCUUUCUUUUCUCCACGAUCUCAGCUUCUUUUCUUUUUUUUUUUCCUUCUCCAAAUGAAUUCCUUCUUCUUUUCUUUCCCGCCUUCCUUCUUUAUCUUUCCUUCUCUUCCUGCUGCUACACCAGCACGCACAUGGUUGGUACUUCUUCGUUCAACAUCUUUUCACGCGCGCACACUCAUGAGUCACCUACGCACAACAACAGCGUGCAUUCUCUCUCUCUGCUUCUACAAUUCAUCAACACACACAAGGAAUACACGUUCUUUUGGGUACGACUCUGUCGUUAAAGCGGAGUAUUGA